CCUCCAACAGGCCACUAUAAAUAAUCGCGCGCGAUCCGAGCGUUGUCGGCGGACCACAUUUGUGUAUGUGCUGCAGUGUGCAUAUUACGGUGAUUCAGCAGUGCCUGAGUAAUUGAUUUCUGAGCGUCUGGUGCGGAAGUAUCCGCAGAUGCCAUGAGGAACGGGCCAGUGGCAUUCAGGGAGCGGGACAACCUACUCAGCGACUCGACCCCGUCCUCGUCGUCGAUCGCUCGCAUCAGCCUGACAGUCUGCUCCGAGAUUACCUAAUGUAAUAACACGAUCGAUAAACUGCCGGAGUAGUUUUCCUGCGGUCGGCUGUUGUUUUCGGGCUGAUCGGGGAGAAGAGAACACGUAGUUUUGCUGGUUGUUCAGUUUAACUGUGCACCGGGAGGUGCAGAAGUCUCAGUUUUCCCAAAGGAUAGGAGGAACAAAUUGAAGCCAUGGAGAUUGAUGAAUGUUCCGUGAAUGGUGAUUCGGGAGCUGAGGAGGAUGAAGAUGAAGAACUAUCCCAAGGUUCUGGUACAGAAAGUAGCACAAAUAGUAGUACUACUAAUACUACCACAGAUAGUGGUGAGGAAAGUGCAGAUGAACAGGCUACAAGUAGUUCAGAGAGUCACAGUUCUGUGGAAGAAGACGAGGAGGAAAAUGAAACAAUAGAGCAUCCAGAAGAGAGGUGGGAAACGUGUGUUGCUGGUGGAUCAAAAGUUAAACUGCCUCAAGAUUUAUGCGAGCAUGCGUCUAUUUUUAAGGAAAUGCUUGACUACCCAAGAUUUUGGGAGGAAUGUUUAAGUGAAAGUCAGAAAGAGUCGUUGUACAGUUACUUGCCAACAUUUCCAAAAGACUGCAAUAUUGAAGCAGAGUUAGACAAAACUUUGGAUAUGCUUUUCUCUAGAGAAACUCACAGAUUUGGUGUUACGCCCCUGGAUGACUUUCAUAAGCACCUCUCUGCGGGUCACUUUAGGCCGGAUAUAAAACGAAUGCGAACUCUGGUCAAAAAGGCCCAAAAACGAAAAUACUUGUUUGAUGAGCGUAAACGGACAUACGAGCUUGCGGGUCAACUUUUGAAAUCCCGGGAGAAUCUUUUAUCCAACGCUUAUAAACAGGGCUUUAGUCAGCCGUCGCUUCGACCUACGCCAAAAUUGCAGUGGCGUAAACCGAAACCAGCUCAAGUAGAGGAACGAACGCAGCUGCGUUUCGCUGAAGAGAUCAGUGCGAUUAAUGCCGAGGUGGGAAUGAGUUUGGGAAUGGCUGAUUCGGACUCGUCUGACGAUGAAGAUGGAAGUAGUAGUUGUUUGAUGACCCCAGCGCAGGCCAGUACGGGAGGUAAACUACAGCAGCAGCUGCAGUUGUUACAGCAGCAGCAGCAAAAACGAAAGAAGCGGGCUGCCCUAGUGGCACAACAGCAACAACAGCAACAGCAACAAAUGAUGAUGCCUACAAGAGCCAUGCAUUUAAGUCCCGAAGACGACGCUAUAAGGCCUGUCUACUCGACGCUGCGAAGAGUAGGAACAGAAUGUGGAAACUUGGGAAUAAGCACGAGUUUUGCGUCGCCUCCUUUAAGGCCAGAACCAAGCGAAGAGUCGUAUAGAGAAAUGCUUAUUGCGCACAAAAGGAGAAGAGCGCGAAAAGAUACUCAUCCAGAACUCAAUACACAAGGAAUAGCUCUAUCGGACCUAAUGCAACGCGCCCAGCUCGGCCAGAAGCACAAACUUUCUCUUUCCCCUCGUGUACCCGCAAGUAAAAAACGUAUAAAAGUUGAGCCACUGCAACAGCAGCAACAACUUUUCCAACAGCACCAACAGCAACUACACCAAAUACAACAGAUGCAACAACUGCAGCAUCAACUUCUUCAACAGCCACCAAUCUCGGUACGAAUGAGCACAACGCCGGUGAAGCUGGAGAGCGAUACCAACAGCCAUACCAGCGGCGACUAUUCUCUCCACAGCACCGACGACCUCAAACACAGUGUGAUUGAACAGCCAGAUCAGAAACCACCGGAGUGUUUACUGGCUACUGAUGUGAUUAAAGAUGAACCUCUCGAGAGCAUGGAGCAGAAGUACGAGAUCGAACCGCCAGCUGCUCAGUUGCCUCCGACGAUAAUGGAUGAAGAACCCGAGCCCAUGCAAAAUGAGAUGCCGUCGCCUUUACGCUCAAUGGAUAUCAAAGAGGAAGUGGAGCAAAUGGAUUACGAGUCUGAAGUUAAGAUCGAAAAUAGUAACAUCGCGGUCAAUGAAGAGAUUCCGGUAGCCGUAUCGAUACCCGUCGAAGUAGAGGAGGAAAUCGAUAAGAAGGAAGAAUUGGAUCUUGAUAGUAUUGAUAUGAUGCAGCUACCGAUUCAGCUCGAUGAUGGCAUCGACAUUCUCGCAGACGUCAAAUGCGAAGACGGAAACGUCAUUACGAUACCUGAUAAGGACAUAGGAGAUUCGAUAGUUGAUGACAUCGUGAUGAACGGUGAUGAACUUAUGCAGGAGACUCACACGUGCUUUUUUUCCCUGAUAAGAGACGCCUUCUUAUCCAAGGGUGAGUAUCGUAUGAAUCGACAGGAGAUGAAGGACGCCGUAUUGAUGUGGCAGGAUAAUCCAAUAUCUCCGCUGAAUGACUGGUAUGCAUUGGUACCAUCGUGGCCGGCUCUGGUACCAACGGCCUUGGGAUUUCUCGCAGGAGAGUUAGUUUAUCCUCGGGAUCAGUUACUAGACGGAGAUCAAGAGCUUGUACCAUAUCUGGAGAAUAAAGGAAAAGGAGUUUAUGCCUGGAUUGGCGCUGGAAGAGAUUCUGAUUCGAGAUUAUCUGUGCUGUGCACGAAAUUCUUACUUUACAAAGACUCUUUAGUUCCACCAAAACCACUAACAUCCGCUCCUACUGUCUCUAUCAAACACCAGCAGCAACAGCAGUCCCAGCAGACGCAUCAUCAAAUCCAGCAGCAAUCACAGCAUCAAACAACAUUAUUAAACAUAAACAGUUUGGAUGGAAUUCCUACAUCGUCAGAUACCGCCAUAGUCACGACGGAUGGCAAUCUGCUCGCCAACGACGCUGUCGCCGUACCUGUGAGUUCUCAGCCCGAGUGGGAGCCUCCGAAGGCCCUUUGCCCAACAGACUGGAAAGUGAGACCGUCGACGGCUGAGGAGCGCGAGGAGUUUCGUAGACAGGAGCGUAUGCGAUACGCCGCGCCGCACAAAGCCUUCACCUAUCACAUGCAUGGAUAUUCGUCCGUUGUCGGGCCUGUCAAAGGAAUCUAUCAGCACAAUGCAGGCUCGGGGUUGACCAAGGCCAGGGGACACUCGUUACUUGUCCCGGACAGACCGAACUUUGUUACGAUUCUCGCGUUGGUGAGAGAUGCCACUGCCAGACUGCCUAAUGGAGAGGGUACCAGAGCAGAUAUUUGUACUUUAUUGAAGGAUUCCCAGUAUAUACAGGAGGAAAUCUUUACCAAAGACAAGGAGGGUAAUUUGAAUUCAGUGGUUUCUGGAGCUCUGGAUAGGCUGCACUAUGAAAACGAUCCCUGUGUGAGGUACUAUCCGAAGAGAAAAGAGUGGUUGUAUCUGCAUCGGGCUCGAUCGGAGUCUGAGUUCGAAAUGUAUCAUCAGCAACAACAAGGUGUACCUAAGAAUAAGAAAAGUUCGAGUGGAUCGUCGAGGAGUAAAGCUUCGGGUGCUCAGAAAAACGCGAAUGCAAAAGAACAAAACACAACGACCAUAGUGAAAGAAAUAACAUCUAAGAAAGAAAAGAAAAUUACUCCAACUAUUACAAGGAAAGAGCUACCAAAGAAGUUGGAGGACAAAAUUAUCACAGUGGUCGAUCAAAAGAUUUCUACUCCAGAGCAGUUAGCAGCUGCCGUUCAACAGCAGCAAGUUCAAGUUCAGCAACAGGUUCAAUCUAGCCUUCCGACAAUUUCUCAUGCGGUAACGACAACGAUAACCACUACACCGAGUAACAGUUCGACAGCGACUUUGGUCAGCGUUAUGGCAACCACGACUGCUGCAAACAGUGUUACUGCUCAGGCAAUGUCCAGUGCUUCGACGGCAACGAACGCUGGUCAAUCGAUGACGAUGAUCGACAAGGAGUGCCCGGUAACUGUGAUUUCGACCAUACUCGAGCCGAAGUCACAACUUACCAUGACUGCAACUAGAGAAUUAAAUACCAUGACAAAUCUAGUAAACGCACUCUCCGCUCCUACAACCGCGAAAAAAGUCAACACUAAUAUGAACGUCAAGCCAGUCACCGUAGUCAAAUCGGGUGGAGCCCAGAGUCUGUUGCAGUCCAACCAGCAACACUUUCCUCACCACCAGAUUCAAGUUUCCACGUCCGCGGGUCUACAGACGAUUCGAUUAUCUGGUCAUUCGGUACUACAGUCGGCCCAACCGGCUUCGUCAACAUCGACGACAAGCGUUGCCACGAUAUUCCAAAGUGGCACCAAGAUGAUUCAGAGCCAGGCUCAAGCACAGCAGCAGCCUCAGCAGACGGUACUUAAUACGCAGGCGGGCAAAAGCAUUCUGCAUAGCUCGAAUCUCAAGCAGCAGCAGCCACAGCAACAGCAUGUGAUGCCGGGAAAGACGUUGUUGGCUUCUCAAAUCAAAUUGGUGAGUUCCGGACAGAUAAAAUCGUUGCUAACUGGUCACGGCCUCCAAGGUCAGACCAUCUUCAUCAAGCAGUCGCCCUCGGCCUCUACGUCCCAAUCUCAGGCUCAACAAUCCCAACCUCAGAUCCAACAACGCGUAGUCACAGCGACUCCGCAGCAGCAGACACUACAGGGCUCGGGUAUGCAAAGAAUAAUAGCUCAAAUCGGAGGUAAACCUAUCGCUGUACAAAUUCAGCAGUCGCCACAACAGCAGCAGCAACAGCAGCAGCAACAAAAGGUCUUAGCCAAGGUGCUUACAAGCGCUGGCACAGGCCAGCUUAUUUCUGUUGAGAGUCUGUUAGCGCAAAAGGGACUAAAAAUUGCUACCACUGCAGCUCAUGCCAACCAAUUGGCUAGGCAAGGAAACAAAGUCAUACAAACACAAUAUCAGGUGGUAUCUCAAGCACAAAGCUCGGCGGGUCAACCAAAAAUAAUCGUGAGUUCCCAGUCGCCUCAAACGCAACAGUCUGUUCAGUCACAACCUCAAACACCCGGCCAGCAAACUGUGCGGAUGGUAACAGCUCAGUUAGCAGGUAAACCAAUAGUUCUGGCUAGCAGCGGUGGCGGCAAGAGUGUCGGCGUGAACGUGAGUGCAGGCGGAAACGUCGUUUUGGGCAAGCAAACCGCUGGGACAAGUCAGUCAGGCCAGCAACCUAUAAUAUUGCCGAGUCAACUGCUCAAUAUUAAGACGUUACACGGACUGAAGGUUAUACCAACACCUGCGGGAUUAAAAACCACAGGCGCAGCAGUGUAUGCCCGGGUUAUCGCACCUACCACUAUCACGCAGACUAGCCAACCAAACCUAACCGCGCAGCAGCAGCAGCAAGGAGCACAGCAGCAGGUUGCACAGCAACAAAUGCAAAAUGCGAGGAACAGUCCAUUUGGUGGAUCUCAGUGAUAAAGAAUAUAUCAGACUUCAGUGAAAAAACAGUUUAGGUUGCUCGUUGUCAGCUGACCGCUGGCGAAGGUUCUGCUGGUUUGGGGUAACGCCGAGAAUAAUAUUAAGCAGAGAAGCAUAUUUUGUCAAAUCUGUUUUUAUUCCAUUGAAAAGUAUAGCUAUGAAGUAUUGUAAAAAUGAAGUGUGUAAUUUAGCAAGGAAGUGUGUACUGUAAAGUUAUUAUUGCAUUAAUUGUAUUUUUCGCAGGAAAUGACAAUACACUUAGUAUAGAUUUUUAUACAGGCAUUCUAUCUUAAUUUAUAUAUAAAUAGAAUUCUGGCCUUUAAAUGAUGUACGUUCACAAAAUAUUAUUCUCUGCAUAUUUUUUCCAUUGAGAACGACGAAAUUUUGUGUCAAGAUUCAGACUUUAUUUAGUCCUAGAUACCUUGAUUCAUUCUUUGGUACUGAAUAAGUAAAAUUUUAUCGUUAUGCUGCAUAUGUAGUACAUGUGGUGAAAACUACUUAACGCCGCAUAAACCAUUUAAGUGGCUCUUAUGUUGAAUUUAUGAAACUUUAUUUGUAUAAGCACAAAAGACAUCUACAUUUACCAGGGCCAUAAAAAUUACGAGCCUGUAUAUAUUAUAUGCAAUCAAUAACAAGUUUUUAGUCAUAUUUAUAAGGAUCAUUGCUGGGUUUUUUUAAAGAUAUCACGUUCUUAUUUAAAUCUUAUCAUGUUUUUGAUUUUUCCGUUUCUUAAAGAAAAAAAGUCAAUUGGUCGAAAAUUUUGUUACCUCGCAGAAUACUUCGCUAGCAGCGACAAAAAAUAUUUUCUCAGUGUAAAUAACAUAGGAUCUCGUGCUAAGUAGUAAUCGACGAACUGCCACACAAAUAUUUUUUGUUUUUUUUUUAAAUUACGUGCAGUGUCGACGUGUGAUUAAUGAAGAUAAGACAAUGUUGUAAAAGUGAGUGAACGCAUAAGUAAAAACGAUUGUGUGGACCAUUCGCGGUACAAUUUUGGAUGUAUAUGGAAUCUUGAUAUUAUCAAGAACCCUAACAGUCUGAACCAACUGUAUGAAUAAAAGAGUUAUAAAAACUAGUUUCAAUUAA